GUCCAAAAAUGAAAUGCUGCUUAGAUUUGCCAAAUUAGACUAUAAUUAUUUGCAAAUGUUGCAUAAAAAGGAGCUCUAUGAAGUAUCAAGGUGGUGGAAGGAUUUGGACCUUGUUUCUAAGCUUCCAUAUGCUAGAGAUAGAGUGGUAGAAUGCUUUUUCUGGGCUAUGGGUGUUUAUCAUGAACCUCAAUAUUCAAUUGCUCGAAUCAUGCUCACCAAAACCAUUGCAAUGACAUCGAUAAUAGAUGAUACAUAUGAUGCCUAUGGUACAGUUGAAGAACUUGAAGUUUUUACAGAGGCCAUUAUGAGGUGGGACAUUAGUGAAGUUGAUCGGCUUCCUGAGUACAUUAAACCAUUCUAUAGUGCUCUUUUAGAUCUUUAUGAGCAAUUUGAUGAAGAACUAUCAAAAGAAGGAAGAUCUUAUGCGGUCCAUUAUGCAAAAGAAGCUUUGAAAGAACUUGUGAGGACAUACUAUGUGGAAGCCAAGUGGUUCAUUGAAGGAUACAUGCCACCGUUUUCUGAGUACAUGAGCAAUGCCUUAAUCACAUGCACUUAUGUUUAUCAUACAACUACAUCCUUGUUGGGGAUCAAAUCUGUGACCGAGAAAGACUUUGAAUGGCUGAGCAAUAAACCUAAAAUGCUUGUUGCUAGCCUCAUAAUAUGUCGACUUGUUGAUGACAUUGCUACAUAUGAGGUUGAAAAGGAAAGGGGCCAAAUUGCCACCGGCAUCGAAUCAUACAUGAAAGAGAACCAGGUGACUAAAGAAGUGGCAGUUGAUAAGUUUUUUGAAAUGGUUACAAAUGCAUGGAAGGAUAUUAAUGAAGAGUAUAUGCGACCAACUUCCUCACCAAGAGAAAUUCUAAUGCGCAUUCUCAACCUUGAACGUAUUAUAGAUGUCACUUAUAAAGGCAAUGAAGAUGGAUAUACACAACCACAAAAAGUUUUGAAACCCCACAUCAUUUCUUUGUUUAUUGAUCUCGUUGAGGUCUAAUGUUAAUAGGGAUCAAGUUGGUGAAAAAAAUUGUUGUAAUCGAACAUGGUUGUUUUUUAUUUUUUAUCUUUGUUAUUACUUAUUAUCCACGGAGAUAAAGCAAAAAGCUUCAAAUAAGCUGUAAACCUUAUUCAUUGUUCUCCAUCGAUAAAAGAUUUAGUGACCAAAACA